AUGCCGAUGCGGCUCUGCAUCUCGAGAGCCAGCAUGUCCAGCAAGACCAACCCCCUGGAGGACGACAUGCCCAUGCAGCUGCAGGUGAUGUCUGGGGCGUCGGGUGGCAGCGGAUCCGAGGCACCCCAGGUGCCAGAAGAGAGGUCCCAGUGGGAGCUGGCAUCGCUCGAUCCGAGCAGUUGGCCCAUCUUCGGCAUCACCAGCGAGGGUUUCGCGGGCAUCGGCGUGAGCAAAGACGGGCUGAUUCGCGACAGUGAGAAGUCGCUUCACUUUGCGCUGGACCAGGCCGUCCUGGCCUCCAUCACGGAAGGCGACGCCUCCUUUAACUCCGUGCAGUUCGCCCCGAGCAACGUGGCCGGGAGCCUCCAGGAGGCCUUGUCGCAAGCCCGCGAGCAGAACCGGUCGCUGCGGGACCUGUGCUGGGACAUCGUGGCCCUUGCCGCGGACCUGGAGGGGAAGGAAAGCGCUUUCGAGGCCGAGGACCACGAGCAGCUUCUUUUCGAGGCCCGGCGAUCCCUUCACAUCAUCCACUCGCAGCUGGAGAAGGCUUUGGAGAUCCCAGAGGCUCCCAAGGAGCCAUCCCUUAUCACGCCUUCGGUGGGGGCAAAGCCUGAGGACCCGGUGGCCAAGGAAGCGCCAGAGGUUGACGUUGAGGCGGAGGUUGGUGACAGCUGCGCCCCGGAAGUCUUGUUCGCAGGGAAGCCGCAGGACACCGUGGACGUGCAGAAGCUGGCUGACACGGGCAUUGAAGGCACCCCAGAGAUCACCUAUCAGCCAGGCACCUAUGCGACCCAGCCCGAGGUCACGGCUGGACCCACCCUUCUCGCGGCUCGGGAGGCCCAGCGCCAGACCUGCCAGUUCAUGAACCCAGUUCCCGAGCCGCGGUUCAUGAGCCCGGUGCAGCGCCGCGUGAGCCAGCCUCUCCUCUUCUCGCCUUCUUUGCAGACCACGCGGAGCCUCCUCCUUCCCCCAGCUUCCGCGUUGGCGCGCUCGGUCACCUGUCCAGUCCGGCACACCCCAAUGCACAUGAACACCACCCGCGGCCACAGCCCCUUGCACAUCCACACCACUCGUGGGCAUAGCAUCGUGGCGCCCCGCUUCAUCUCCAAAGGCAAUGACCCACGGCCCUGCUGUGAGCCCAUCACCCGAGCGGCCUCGCCGCCACCGCCCUUGGCGACCCGGGCGGCCUCCCCGCCCUUGAUGCCCCGGUGCUCCCCGCCCAGCGACCUUCGUGAGCUGCGCGAUGUAUCCAUGAACCCCAAUGCCCCUGCGUGGAAGUGGCAGACCUCUGCCUCUCCCACCUCAGCCUCUCCCACUUCUCCCGCCUGCUGGCCCCGGCCGGCAGCACAAGGCUGCCGGCCCUGCUGGGUGCUCACGAGAAGCACCUCCUGA